CAGAUGCAAAUUUAUGUUUCAUUUCAACAUAUCCAACAUGAGACAACUAUAUUGUGCAAACAUUAUAGUAAAAAAUUUAUUUAAUACUACAAAUAAGCCAUUUCCUAAUGCUUCAUCAAGCAUGCUUCAUAGUCCCUCAUAUAGGGAAUUAUCUAUGUUUCAACCAUUACCUGUUAUUUAUCUAAAUUUAAAGACUGAAAACAUGAUUUGCUUUCAAAAGAGGUUUGCUGGACAUUCCAAAUGGCAAAAUAUAAAACAUACAAAAGAAAGUAAAGAUCUUCAAAGAUCCAGAUUGUUUUCCAAAAUUACGAUGAGCAUUAGGUUAGCCCUGAAAGAUGGAUCUGCUGAUCCAAUUUCAAAUAACAAGUUGGCUGCAGCUUUGGACCUUGCAAGGAAGAAUAACAUGCCCAAUGCUACAAUCAACAAUGUGAUUGAAAAAAGUCAAAAAUCAAUGAUUAAUGCCAAGGAGCAUUACAUAGCAUUCAGAGGACCGGAUGGUUUGUGCCUCUUUAUCUGCGUCUUCACUGAUAAUAUUAGACGUCCAAAGUCCUUCAUCGGUGCUGUUGUCAAGAAAUAUGGCUUCAAGGAGGAGAGACAACUGGGUGGUGUGCGUCACAUGUUCCGGGAGCGUGGGCUGGUGGUGGCUGCGGCCAAGCUACAGGAGAAGCCUGUAACCAUUGAGCUUGCUGAAGACCACGCUAUAGAAGUUGGAGCUGAGGAAGUGGAAAUCGUAGAUGACAUGAUCCAGUUCUGGUGUGCGGCGAUGGACAUUGGUCAGGUUCGCAGUGGUCUGCUGGAGUUGGGCUACGACAUCGAGUCCACGGAUGUUGUUUUCAUUCCCUCAAACCCCAUCUCCUUAGAUGAAGAUAAAUUAGACAGCUUCAUCACGUGUGUCAACAAAGUUGAAGACUUGGAGGAAGUCGUCAAGGUUCAUGCCAAUGUUGUCUGAAGUGGAAACUAGAGAAACAAAUCUUCGACAUGACCUUCAAUUUAUACGGAGAAAGAUUUGCAGGUGUUUAUGAUUUGUUAUUCAUUUUCGUUGUUUCAAUUGCUACUUAUGUGCUGUGAACUUGAUUACUUCAACAUCAUGUUUAUGUUUCAAAUUGUUAAACAUACUUGCAGCAAAUCCUGCUAUUCACGAAAUACAUCUGAUUGCUGUGUAAUAGAAGUAAUUUAUUGCACAUGAUAGUAACUUUUUAUGAUACUUCUUUGUACAAAGCGCUUCUAUUUUACUUAGCCUGCGAACUUUACAUUCUAACAGUGAAUGAAUAAAUUUGUCAUGCC